UUCCCUCUCUUCGUCUGUCUGUCUCGACGUCCCCGACUUCCAGAAGGACGCCGACUCCUCUCUCCCUUCUCCAAAGGUCGCAAUGAAGUUCCUCCAACUGGCAACCAUCGUUCUGGUGGGCGUGGCCUCAGCAUUGCCGCGCAUUGUCAAGAGAGACUCCACUGUUUUCAACCUUGAACUGCCUUCCAACGCUUCCGUCAUAGUUGGAAAUAUUAAUCCUGGUUUCGACUGCCAAGGACGAAAGUAUGGCUACUACGCAGAUCCUGCCAACAACUGCCAGAUCUUCCACAUAUGCUACCCUUAUACAGAUCCUCUAGGAGUCGUCACCACCAGGUUUUUCUCCUUCCUCUGUGGCCAAGGAACCAUCUUCGAUCAGGCAACACUGACGUGCAACUUCCCUCAAUUUUCCCAUCCGUGUGAAUCCGCCACAAAUCUUUAUAACAUCAACGAUUACUUCAACCGGGAGGACAGACAGUUUAGAGAUGGCUUGAACGACAUUUUCUAACGUGGAUUUAUAGGAGCAUCGACCUUCAGUGUAUUUUCUCCAUGGGGAACCAUCUCAAGGUUAUUUCUCUAUGCUAAACCCAGGGGUUUUCAGCCUUACGCUUUCAAUUCAUCAGUCUAUUGACAUUCUAUUAAUCCAUCACAUGUCUGAAGUUGUUCAAGGAAUGAUUCUGAUGCAGUUUGACAGAAUUGCCUGAAAAGUCAGUUUUUUUUUUCUUUUUUUUCCCUGAAUAUGUAAACAUUGUUGCCAUUCUUGUUUGUUAUGAGUGUCUUCCACUACUUUCUUUUAGUUGUCUUAUUCUCAGAAAUAUAUGUAUUUUGUGUAUAAAAUGUGUAUAUAAAU